UACCAGUCGCCCACUUAUACGCUCCUCAUCACGCCAACUUCCGUGCUUUUGACCUGACCUGCCAUCCCGACGUCAGUCUUCCAUCACCCCCGUGCUGUCGAUAUAAACCAAGGCCACCUGCCCUACCAAAAACGUCCUCCUCGAGAUCGGCACGCUUCUCAUUGAAUCCUACCAACGAACAAAUACCUAACCCAGAAUCACCUACGACAUACCGUGGCGGAACAUUACGCUUGGGCAAAAGAGGCAAUCUCCUACCUUGCCCCCCAGAGUCACAGAAACAAGCUGCUUCGCGCACCUUUAAUAUUAAAACGUCUUCGGAAGCUCCCCCCUUGCUGGACCCAGAAGCAAGGUUCCAAACAGCCGUCUUCUACAGACACACGCACGUUAUUACAUACCCAUCAAUUCUAUUAUUACCAAGCGAGGACUCCAUAGUGCUGCUAUUCCUAUCAUCGCCAGCACUUCACCCUGGUGGUCUCGACUCCGUCACUCGCAGCUCAACAAGUCAAUUACAUUGCCGGCUCAUCUCUCCUCUGCCGUUACUCUUCGACACCACCUGCUGUGCGGAGUGAAUUUUUACUACAUCUUCGUCGAGUGUCCGAUGGUUUCGUCACAGCUGGGAACAAGAGCAAUACCUCGAUCAUAUCGCUGCAGCCGCUGAACGAAACGCCGCAAAGCAAGAG